UGAAAACAUUUUGUCGCACGGCGCGGGAUUUGCGAUAAGCCGAAGCGUAAAAAUGUCAGGUCUAGCAAGUUGGAUUGCAUGUCAGAUCGACAAUAAUUUAAGCCAUUUACCGCUGGUCUGGAUGCAGGUUAUAAUUUCAAUACUUGUGUGUAAUGGAUAUGGCAUCAUCCAUCAUCGACAGGACUAUACAAAACAACAGAAAAACCUACUACAGUCUUUUGUUGCCGUGGGGACGUUAGUUGGCGCGGGUGUUAUUUCGGCUGUCUCGACGGCCCUUAUUCCCCUAGCCAAUCAAGCUGGUUUUGGCUAUUUUCUCACUGCUCGCAUAAUUCAGGGUGUUGCCUUUGCUGCUACUUCCCCUUUGAUAGGUGCUAUGACAGCGAUUUGGGCACCAUUAGGUGAACAUGGUCUUUUCCUGGCCUUGUGCACCGGUUUUACACAGUUGAGCAAUAUUUUCACAAUGCCUGUAUCUGGUGCAUUAUGCUCAUCAAAGCGAAUUCAAGCUAAUAAGAAGAAUCAGGAAAAAGCUUCAAAAGUCCCAUACAAAUCUAUCAUGACCUCAAUAGUAAUCUGGGGAUUUAAAUAUUAUAAUUUUGGUAUUCAC